AUGUUCCUCCGACGCGCGUCCAAGCUCUCUCGACCGCUCUGCGCGCACGUCCGCGGGUUCGCCUCGGCCGUGCCCGAGACCAUGACGGCGGCGGUGAUCCGAGAGACGGGACCGGCGUCGGCGAUGAAGAUUGAAAAGGAUUAUCCGACGCCGAAGCUCGCGAAGGGCGGCGUCAUCGUGAAGAACCGGUACUCUGGGAUUAACUUUAUCGAUACGUAUCAUCGAAGUGGAUUGUAUAAACGUGAAUUGCCGUUCAUUGGUGGACAGGAGGGCGGUGGAUACAUCGCGGCGGCGAGCGAGGAGGCGAUCGCGCAAGGGGUCAAGGUUGGCGACCGCGUGAGCUACUCGAGCGUGUUCCAGACGUACGCGCAGUACACGGCGGUGCCGGCGAGUAAGGUGAUCACGGUGCCGGAAAAUAUUCCUCUGGAUGUCGCGGUGUCGUGCGGGGUGCAAGGCAUGACGGCGCACUACCUCACGCACUCGGCGCACGCCGGUUUGGUGCAACCGGGUGAGUGGAUGCUCAUUCACGGCACCGGCUCCGGUACGUGUCAGUGGGCGGCGCAAAUGGCCAAGCUUCGCGGAUACAAGGUUAUUGGCACGUGCUCCAAGAGCAAGGAAGACAUCGCGCGCGCCACGGGCGUCGAUGAGCUCAUCGUCUACGACGAAGCGCCGGGCACGUCUUACGAGGACUACACCUCGGUCGAUCUCGUCCCGCGCGUGAUGGAAAUCACCAAGGGUGAGGGCGUCAAGGCUGUCAUCGAUGGCAUCGGUCUCGCCACGUACGAGACCUCCAUCGAUGUCUUGGCCCGCCGCGGUAUCUUUGUUUCCUUUGGUAACGCCUCGGGUGCCGUCCCGGCGUUCCCGCCGCUUCGAUUCAUCAACAAGUCCGGCUACCUCACUCGUCCGAAGUUGAACGACUACACCGUCACCCGCGCCGAACUCAUGGAACGUGCGAACGACAUCUUCGGCUGGAUCGCCUCAAACAAGCUCCAAGUUGCCGUCGACCGUUGCUUCCCGCUCGAGCAAGCCGUCGAGGGUCACGAAUACCUCGAGGCGGGCAAGUCUCGCGGCAAGGUGCUCUACGAAAUCCCGGAAUGA